CUCAUUCGUGUCCUCGACGGAGUGUGUAAUUUUGCGGCAUUUUUAGCUUUAAUUCGACGUUAAAAUCUCCAAAACAGCAGCAAGAUGACCAACAUCAAGACGGUUCUGGCCAAAUUCUACGACGAGUACACCACCUGCACUCCGAAGAAGCUGAAAAUCGUCGAUUCCUAUCUGCUGUUCAUUCUGCUGACCGGCAUCACCCAGUUUGUUUACUGCUGCCUGGUCGGAACAUUCCCGUUCAACUCGUUCCUGGCCGGAUUCAUCAGUACCGUGAGCUGUUUCGUCCUGGGAGUCUGUCUCCGCCUGCAGUCGAAUCCUCAGAACAAAUCGCAAUUCCUGGGAAUCUCACCGGAGCGGGGUUUCGCCGAUUUCGUCUUUGCCCACAUUAUUCUGCACCUGGUGGUGGUCAACUUUAUCGGUUGAGAAGCCAUCGUGGAGGAACGUAAGUGUGUGAGUCCGAAUGCAUUUCCUUCUACCAAUAAUCUACCUAAUUUAGUUCGCCUAUAAAAUUACUGUCUCCCGCUCCGGGGAGCAUUGAAUAUGAUUGUGUGAAUCAGAUUGAUCCCAAAAACACUGAUAUGAAGGUACUAAUAGAAAGUUUCCUCAAUUGAAGGGAAGAAAGUUU